GAGAGCGAGAGCGAGAGAGGGGACGUGACGGUGGAAACAAAUAACAAAAUUUUCUAGAAUGAUUCAUCAAAUUUUUGAUCGUCGAGAUUCGAGUUGGACACAGCGAGAGACAGAGAGAGAUGCCUCAGCCGAGCAAAGAACCCUGCAAGAAGGAAGCGUGCGAUAUUCAAGCUUGUCUUUCCAAAAACAACUUUCUUCCUCACAAGUGCGUCAGGGUCAUUCAACUAUUGCAACUUUGCUGUGAGGACUGCGAUUACAAAUCAACACAUUGUGCUUCUGUUUCUGACCUCUUAAAGCAAAUAAAGCCGAAAAGCCAGAAAUCUUGAUUCAAGACAUCUCAGGUGUAAUCCAGUUUAGAAGUCACCUCAUUGGGUGUUGUUUUUAACUUGAGCCCACAAUGCGACGUUUUGCGAAAUAGGCGAAAGAAAUAUAUGAGACCAGAGGCCUUCGACAAUGGACAGCUAAUAAAGUUGCCAUUUCUUUCCAAAUCCAUCACCUGCAAUAUUUUCUAACAAAAUAUUUUAAUUCUUUAUCUCAAUGUCAAACCAUGAUAAAAAUUGACGAUUAAUUUUGACUGUUUCAGUUUGUACUUCGCUGAUUUGGAUACGACCAAUAAUUGGAAGAAUCAAUUAAGCUUAAUGAUAUCCAUUGCAAGUUCAUGUA